GUAACACUUUUAAUGAAAAAUUAUUUUUCUUUUUUUAAAAUUUUUUUUUAAUGUUUAUUUAUUUUUGAGACAGAGAGAGACAGAGCAUGAACAGGGGAGGGUCAGAGAGAGGGAGACACAGAAUCCGAAACAGGCUUCAGGCUCUGAGCUGUCAGCACAGAGCCCGACGCGGGGCUCGAACUCACAGACCGCGAGAUCACGACCUGAGCCGAAGUCGGCCGCUUAACCGACUGAGCCACUCAGGCGCCCCGAAAAAUUAUUUUUCAAAACAAAAUGUAGCAAGAAGAGGGACAUUGUUUUACUUUUUUUCCCCAAAUGUUGUUAAUAUCUGGCUUGAUAGAAGAUAACUCGAAUCUCCUAUCUGUUGUUGCAUUCCACGGGUUGCCAGAUCACUUAUCAUGUAUUUUCUAGAAGAUACAUGUCCAACAUACACUCAUGAAAAAAAUGAGAGUUAAAAAGGAAAAUAACAGCUGCAUAUUAUUAUGAACAUUAUUUUGGCCUUGAGGGCCCCCUGAAAGGGUCUGAAAAUGGGAUCCCCGUGGGUGCCCAGAUCAUAUUUUAGGAACCACGGGGCUAGGUAUUGGGAAAUCGCCCUCAAGGAGCUGAAACCAGCAGGAAAGAACAUUUAUAGGUGUAUGUAGUGUAGCAUGUGAAGUGUUCAAGUAGUGUGUAAUAAUAUUGUUCUGACCGGGAAGGUCAACAAAGAUUUCAAGAAGGGGUUGAUGUUUGAGUUGGACCUUGAAGCAUGAGUACUUAUAUAAGGGGGAGGAAGAGGGCUUUCUUGGCUGAGAAACAGCACGCAUAGAGGCAGGCCACAAGUCCAAAGUUCUGGAGUAUUAACACGCAUGAACGGAAGUUACUGAAGAGAAGGCUGGCAAAGCAUAGUGGGAGGACAGGCUGUACAGAGCCUUGAUUGCGUAGGCCAUGGGAAACCAUUGUUAGCUGCUAAAUCACAAGUAUUAGCUGAUGGUUAUGCCCCUACUCUCUCUAGGCUAGGCACUGUAUUAGGAAUUUCAUUCUCUCACCAACCUGUUGAAAGAGGAAUUGUUAGUCUCACUUGACAACCAAGAAACUGAGGCUUCAAGUAUUUAAUUUUCAUGCUUAGAUCUAUUUUCUAUUAUUAACCUCCUAUUAUUAAUACAUUUUUUUCUGAAGUUCUUAGGAUUGAAAAUGAGAUAUUUCCAGAGCUAUGGAUAAGAUAAUAAGGGGGUAAACCAUAGAAACUGAGGACCUUUUAGAUUCCUAGAAGGAAGUGGCUGUUCUUUGAACAGUCCCAUUGAAGUAUGUGGAUUAGAUACUGAAAGCUGGGUCGUAGACAAAGCUAAGUAGUGAUUUAGAAACUCGAAAACCGAAAGGGCACGAAUGCAUAAGAAUGACUCAUUUUCCCCUUAUGAUUUUGCACUCAUUAUUCACUCCAAAUUAUUAGUGUCUUAACACCAGACGUGUAUUUACACAGUAUUGUCAAUUCUUAUUAUACUAAGAUCUCAUGCUGACAAUCUACCUAGCACUCAAUACAGGAACCCCGAUAUAUGCAAGCCUAAGGUAAGUGUACACACUUGGGUGUGUAUUAGGACCUUAAGAGGGCUUCCGGGAAUUGUCGGGUUAUCUGGCAAAGUCCCCUUUCGCCCAAAGGACUGGGUGGGGCUGGGGGGCACCGGGGCGGGGCGGUCUCCUAGGAGACCACGGGGGAACCGGUGCGCACGCGUACAGCCUAGGCCCGGCUGAUGCAACCUCCGGCGGGCGGGCUGGGUCCGCCGAGAGUAAGGAAGCCGACAGGGAACGGCCGGAGACCAAUCAGGGGCCGCACGCCGGGGUGGGGAAAGGCCCGCCCGCCGAGGCUGUGCGAGUGACGUUGGGCGACGCGGGGCUGGUGGCGUAGCCAGCCGCCCUCCUUCGUCUCGUCCUCUCGCCUGGGGGUGUCCUGCUCUUCGCUGGCCCCGCGGCCAUUUUGGGCUUCGCUUCCACCCGCGUCCUCUUGCCCAGCCCUUCCGGGGUCGCGCUGCCGAGGGGCUUUUUAACGGUCCGUCUCUUCUGGACAGUCGCUGCCGUCGCCGCGGGAGGGCUCUAUCUAUGGUGGAGAGGCCUCGGGCGGACUAGGACACCUUCUUCCCGCCAGGAUGAAUGUCGUCUCGGCCGCUACGUCCUGCGCCUGCCGUUCCGGACUGUGGUCUGCCGCCCGCGGCGGAAGCCGCUUCCCGCUGUGGUUCUUCUGCUGGCCCGGGGAUCGGCCUGGGGCCCCGACUCCGGCCAAGGCUAUUUAGGCCGCUCCGAAUCCCGUCCGACCUUCAGCCCUGAGAAGACUGCCAAGAACAAGGAGAUGGAGCCGGCAGCAGACGGGUCUCGGCCACGGCCAGCCUCUCGGCCGGGCUCCCGGAUCCGGCUGCCCUUCUUCUUCCCUCGGCGCCCGCAGCCCGGCACUUCCAAGUUGCCCUCGCCUCCUGCCCCGGAACACUCCGGGGACCCCAGACUUGCUGCUUCCCCCCAGCCUCGGACCAGCUACUGGGUGAAGCUGCUUUCCCAGCUCUUCGCGCCACUCCCCAGCCUGCUUCAGAAGCUGCUGGUUUGGAGCCAGCUUUUCGGAGAGAUGGUUCCGACCAGAUGGCUAGAUUUUGCUGGAGGGUCCAGCUCCCUGAGGGCCCUGAAGGCUCGGGAGGACCCAGCCGCGCCCCCCGCGCAGAAAUCUUUGAGUUCGCUGCGGCUCGACCCCUCGGACGACUCUGGUGCCAGCCCCCUCCAUUGGCUGGAGGAGGGGAUCCACUGGCAGUGCUCGUCUUUAGAUCUAACAUCGGAACUCAAAGCCAAGGCUGGAGCCCUGGACCCCGCGGCACACGCUUUUCUGUUAGAGCACCAGCUGUGGGGAGUGGAGCUGUUGCCGAGUGGCCUUCAAGGCCAUCUUUGCUCGGACCGGGAACUUGGCUCUUUGCCCUCCGGGCCUCCAAACGUUAAGCGUUUAAGCAGUUUCAGCGUGGUCUCCUAUUUGUUGAACCCCUCCUAUCUGGACUCCCUGCCCCGGGUGGGGCUCGGCUAUCAGAGCGGCGUGGGAAGUGGCGAGCUAGUUGAUGUCCAGACCCUCAGCCCCGAGAGCAGCUGUGUGACUGAGGCCCAUGACCCUCCCCAGCCACUGAAGGCAGAGAUCACUUGCGCUUCAUGGCGGGGAUGUCCGCCCCUUUCUAGAGAGGGUCUGCCCGAAAUCCACCAUCUUCGCAUGAAACGGCUGGAAUUCCUCCAGCAGGCCAGCAAGGGGCAAGCGUUACCCAGCCCAGACCAAGAUCAUGGCUACCACAGUCUGGAGGAGGAGCACAGCUUGCUCCGGAUGGAUCCGCAACCCGGCGGAGACAGUCCGACACAGUGUGUUCCCUCUGCUGGAGCCGUUCCAGGAACCACCCAGAAACCGGGAACCGAGGAGGAAGUCGCGUUGGUGACCACAGAGGACCCGCUUGCUGUGGAGAAACCGGGGCCUUCAGAAGGCUGUCCAUCUCGUGAGGUACCAGUGGAAAAGGAGCCUGGCGAGGACCAAAUAAGUGUAGUUGACUCCUCAGACCUAGAGGAUGACAUUCCCUUAUCCUCGAGACCGGCCUGUAGCAACAGGUUGAUAGAUUACAUUUUGGGAGGCGCAUCCAGUGACCCGGAAACAAGUUCUGAUUCCGAAGGUGAGGGUUGGGAUGAGGAGGCUGAGGAUGAUGGUUUUGAUAGUGAUAGCUCAUUCUCAGAAUCAGACCUUGAACAAGACUCUGAAGGGCUUCAGCUUUGGAACUCUUUCUAUAGCGUAGAUCCGUAUAAUCCCCAAAACUUUACGGCAACAAUUCAGACUGCUGCCAGAAUUGUUCCUGGAGCCCCUUCUGACUCCGAGAAGGAUUUGUCUGACAAGUCUGAUCUAGAGAAUUCUCCCCAGACCGGAAGCCUUCCCGAGUCUCCUGACCAGAAUUCUGGGGAGGAAGAGGACUGGGAAUCUAGUGCAGAUGAAGCAGAGAAUCUCAAACUGUGGAAUUCUUUCUGUAAUUCCGAUGACCCCUACAACCUUUUAAAUUUUAAGGCUCCUUUUCAAACAUCAGGGAAAAUUUGGAAAGGCUGUUGCGACCCAGAGAGGCCGUCUGAGCCCGCUGCGGCCAUUUCGGAGUAUCACACCUUACUUUCUUGUGAGGUGCACCUGCUAGGGAGCCGAGAAACCGAAGGUCCAGACUUGGGACAGGGUGGGGUUCUUUCUGGACAAAGACACACGCGUAUCAAGAGGAAAAAGGUAACCUUCCUUGAAGAAGUUACUGAGUAUUAUAUAAGUGGUGAUGAGGACCGCAAAGGACCAUGGGAAGAAUUUGCACGGGAUGGGUGCAGGUUCCAGAAACGAAUUCAAGAAACAGAAGAUGCUAUUGGAUAUUGCUUGACAGUUGAGCACAGAGAAAGAAUGUUCAAUAGACUCCAGGAAACAUGCUUCAAAGGACUUACUGCUUUCGAGCAAUGUUAAGAUGGUUUGACAGCCUCUAACUCGAGCAUACACUACCUCUUAUUUGAGAGGUUUCUUUUAAAAACAAAAUUUGGCAGCUGUCCUUUUUUUUUAGAGGAUAUGCAACUUGGACCCAGUGACCUAGUCUAAUUUCUUUUUUUUUUUUUUUUUGCAACCAAUCCCACUCAGAAAUGUCCAGGUUUGAAGCCGAGCCCUGGUAAUGAAGGAUGAGAUGAUGUGGUUUCUAAUCCUCCCUUUUUUGACUUAGUUGGAUGUGUUUUUGAAUGUUCUGUGCUUGCCAAAGUGAAAUAGGGGACCGUUUAAGGUGUAAUUUUGCAUUUCCAAAACUUAUUUUCUUGGGAAACAAUAUUUAUAGGGUGCAAAGCCCAUUUUCCAUUCUAAUUUAAAUUAUGUUUACCUGUCUGAAAACGCUGGGCUCUUCCUCCCUGACAUUCUAAAAUUAAGAGGCUUUUAUGUUCUCUCUCUCUAUUUUUAUCUCAGUGAUGUGGCCCUUCUAACUUAAAAGCUGAGAAAAUAAUCUUGUGUAUGCUACCAGCUUAAAUUAUCUUGUGUCAACUUUUUUUCCCUCUACUAAAAAUGACUCUGGUUGAAAGUUGUGUGGUGGGUCAUUGUUUCUAGGUGAAGUUCUACCUAAGACACUUUCAGGAACCGCCACAAAACUUCCAUGUGUAGGACUCUUCUGGUGUUUGGGAAAAUUGCAUCUUUCUGCCAAAUUGUAAUGUCUAACACGUUUAACUUCUGUGCAAACCGUCUCGGAGAGGGUUCUGUACACGUUACUGUCGUUCCCAAUUCAAUGGUUCUUUGCAUGUUGCAACAGGUAGAAAUUGUUGUAAAAGACUCUGGAAAGCAAUGAUUGCAUCAUAGGCAUUUAUUUUUUAAAUUGAAAAGCCAACAAUUGUCCUAGGAAGGAACUAGGAGACCUCUCAGAGCAAUUUGGUUCUGUUGUGUAUGCUCUCAACAGAAAACCAGUGUUAUUAAUCUCACGUCUCAGCACCGUCACUUUUAAAACCUGUCAGGGGGACACUGUAAACUUGGAAAUGGGCAGUUCUGAAUUUUCCAGUUUGCAACAUAAAAUACAGACUUCAGUCAAUAUCCAAGUUUAUUGUGUUCUGUUACUGAGAGAAGCAAGACAAGGCCUGUACUUCCAGGAUGGUACUAUAGACUUGACUCGAAAGUCUUAAUAUUUUUAGCCCAAAGUUCACUUUUGAAUUGAAGUUUUUGCAGUGACUGAUUGUCCUUGGUUUGCUUGGUUAGCUCUUCAUGGUGCACAUCUGUUAGGCCGAGGUAACGUUGAUCUCCUCCUAUUGGUCCCUCUUUACCCCACGUGCCUCCUGUCGCAGGUGAUGGAACACAUGAGUAGAACAGGUGACCUCUUCAGUUUCAACUUGUUUCAGUGUGGAAACAAAUUUUUCAUCAGAAGUGCUGGCAGAGUUACUACCUCAGUUUAUAAUCUACCUGGUCAUUACUUCCAUCCAGUCUGCUCUAAGCAUUGCCUCCAGUGAUAACAUACAUACUCACAGGUGAAUACACGGCGAGUACGCCAUCAUCAAAGCCGGUCCCAGUUUUGCAGAGCCCUUACCCCCCGGGCGCUGUGCGCCUCCACUUGAGGCCAUUGUAGGGGCUGCACUUGCAGAGUCCUGCUGGAGCGCAGUGGAAACAGGCUGGUUUCAAGCACCGCUGUGUCAGAUGGAAAGAAGGCACCAUUUGCCUUGAACAAAGCUUAUGGAAAGCGUCUAGGCGUUCUUUUAAAACCAGCCUGCAGCUUACUGGUUAUUUCACAGGCUCCGCCUGAAAUCUUGCACCUCUGGCUUAUGUGAAAACAAUGGCAUAGCUUGACACGUAUUGGAUUUUGGAACCUUGUUCCCUGGGGAUUCCGACCUCACUACCCAAUGAGUAAAAGCUGGGGGAAGAGUUCUCCCACUUACCACCCUCCUUUAAAAGAAGCGAUCAGACAGUGAUGAAAAGGACAGAAGGGGCUACUUUUAAGUGGGGCUGAAGGAGAAAACACUUCUGGUCAUUUCAUCCCAAUCCUAGUUGUUAGAACAAAGUCAAACCUGGAAGCUGUCACUGAACAUUGUGCACGUUUAAAGUCUUGCAAUGGUGCUUUAAGUAUCAAUGUAGCAUGUGAAAGGCUUUGUACAGACAGGUAAAAUUUCCUUUUCUGAGUGUUUGAAAUGUGAUAACAGCGCCUCUUCAUCUUUAACUUGAAAUCAAAACUGUCAGAUUUUAUUUUUUUAUAAUUUAAGGAAGGUGAAUUUAGGGGACGAGGAGACUCUAAAUUGGCUUCUACAGAUGCAGUGAUUUAAAUGUAACCAGUUUGUUGGGAUUUUAUAGCUAAAAUUAUAUUUGUGUAUAUAACUUUAACUAAUCCGUAAAUUGUAAUAAAUAUAUUUGCAAUUA